GAGUGAGAAUCGUACUCUGAUUGACUUUUUCAGAUCUGCCCCCUGGUGGCUGACGCCGUGACUGAUUUGAACCCUCAGUUGAAAACGCUCAAUGUCUUGGCCCAAGUGGACAAGUACGCAGAGAUUGAAUAUUCCAUGGUCGCCGACCCCACGAUCGUCAAGUCUUCCAUCGGUUUGAGCUUGAAGGGGGAAUUCUACAACAUCGAGAAAAAGCAGGAAACUCCGUUCCCCGCUGCGGUCUUCUCUCUGCCAACCGAGGACAAGAAAAUGUUGUACUUGGGCGUGUCCGCCUUCACCGCCAACUCUGCGGCUUUUGUCUACCACACCGCCGGAGCCCUGAGCUUGUACAUCACCGAUGACAUGAUCCCUCAAAGCUCCCCAUUCAGGCUCAACACCAGAACAUUUGGCGGUUUCAUCCCCCAGAUUGCCAAAUCUUUCCCGUGUUUGUUGAUGAAACUGCUGGUAAAAACGGCGGAAACGCCCAUCGUCACCGUGGAGAGCAACAACGCGACGAUUCAAGCCACCAGCACGGUGACGGCCUAUGCCAUCCAAGCCAACGGCACGCUCUCGCCGCUGUUUGUCCUCAACAUGGAGACCAGUGUCAGUGCCAGCGUCUUUGUUAGUGGCAUGAUGCUAACUGGAAAGGUGACCCUCAACAAAAUGGAGCUGACCCUGGGGACAAGUUAUGUGGGAGACUUUCAGGUCAAAUCCCUUGACAACAUCCUGAACCUGGUCCUGAAAAUGGUUGUUAUUCCAAAAGUGAAUGUUCAACUUGCAAAGGGAUAUCCACUCCCCACCAUUGGGAAGAUGAAGCUCGUCAACCCCGACCUUCAGAUCCUGAAGGACUACAUUCUGAUUGGGACAGAUGUUCAGUUUACAGGGUGAUGGAGUGACACCCACAACGGAAAAACAAUCACUGCAAAUGACUCAGAGAUCUUCCACAUCUUCAGCUUUCAUUUCAAUAUUAUUGCUCAACAUUUGUUCCAGUUUCUCUUUACAUUUGAGAGUUCUUUUAAAGAUCCCGUGAUCUGUUUUCAAAUCUUGAAAUGGCUUCGUCCC